AUGCAUUCUUAUUCGACUGUUCGCAUGAUUAUUAUAUUCGGUUUGCGUGGAAUUGACAUAGGUGAUUUGCAUGUGAUCAGCAUGUCAAAUAAAACGACUGUUGCUUUCGCAGCAGGACUUGGUUGUUGCGUUCUUUGCUUUUUAAUAUUCGCUAUUUCAACUUUAUUUGAUGAAAUUCGAAAUAUCGAGUUGGAACUCGACUUGGAGAUUGAUAAUAUUAAGAUUUUUGCUGAUAUCGCCCGUGGAAGUUAUUCCUCGGUGGCAGGAAUCGAUGCACCCGAGCAGCCAAUUUUAGAUAGUGACAACGAUAAUUCAAUCGGUGCCACUGGACCAUCCCUAAAACGUCCAAACUUCGAACCACGUGAAAUGAUUAGUGAGACUUUUCUUCAUAGAAAAUGUGAAUGCGACGCAAAAAAUCAGUGUCCACCAGGACCACCAGGUCCACCUGGAUUACCUGGUAUAGAUGGAGACCAUGCUGAAGACGGACUGGAUGGAGACAUUGGUCAUCAUGCUGAAGAUAUGGAAAUGAGAGUGGCAAUGGUCGACAAAUGCUUCUAUUGUCCGCCAGGUCAACCAGGACCACCUGGUCCACCAGGUCAACCAGGACAUAGAGGCAUGAGAGGUGCAAGAGGAACACCUGGUGCAACAGGGCGAGAUGGACAACCGGGAUUUCCUGGCCAGGCACUUUUUCUUCUUCUAAUAGAUGAAUACCUCCGUACAAUGAAAAAAUUCUAUGAAACAUUGCAGAUGGGACCGGAAGGACCACCAGGACCACCAGGUGAGGAAGGUCCGCAAGGUGAUCGUGGGGAAAAUGCAGAGCACGUUAUGGGAAUGAAAGGACUAAAAGGAGAACCAGGAGUGGAAGGUGAACCUGGAGAAAUUGGUGAAAUAGGCGAUGCAGGACCACCAGGUAUGACAGGACCACCAGGAGACCGCGGGCCAGAAGGACCGAGAGGAGAAGAUGGGAAACCGGGACCACAAGGCCCUGCAGGUGAAGAAGGUGAACCAGGAAAAGAUGCCGAAUAUUGUCCAUGUCCACGAAGAUUUAAAAAUUUUUAA